AUGCGUGCCGUCUUUCACUGAAAACACUGAGAGCCUGCAUUAGCAUUUUCGCAGACAAUUGAAGCUGCGGCCAGCUGCUGGCAUGGCUCGGACACUGCGGUGAAAUCCCUUCUUCCGCACCCGCCGAUGAAACAGUGGAAAAAGGUUGACUGGCCGCAUUCCUUAACACUACGCUCGCACCUAUGCCCAGGCUGAUGUUAAGAUACCCUUAAGAGAUUGCGCCCCGGCAUUGAUGGCGAUCUGACACAGGACUUGAGAAGCAGCAGAUCUCAUAAUGGAGGAGGGUGAGUACUUCCUGAAGGUGCUGAUCCCCAGCUAUGCAGCCGGCUCUAUAAUUGGCAAGGGCGGCCAGACCAUUGUACAACUACAGAAAGAGACGGGGGCCACCAUUAAGCUGUCCAAAUCCAAAGACUUCUACCCAGGAACAACAGAGCGUGUCUGCCUGAUCCAGGGUACUGUCGAAGCCCUCAACGGUGUCCACAACUUCAUUGCUGAGAAAGUCCGUGAGAUGCCCCAGAGUGCCCAGAAGCCAGAACCAGUCAGCAUACUGCAGCCACAGACCACAGUCAACCCUGAUCGUAUCAAACAGGCGAAAUUGAUCGUGCCAAACAGCACAGCAGGGCUGAUUAUUGGCAAGGGAGGCGCCACAGUCAAAGCAGUGAUGGAGCAGUCAGGAGCGUGGGUGCAGCUCUCCCAGAAGCCAGAGGGCAUCAACCUGCAGGAGCGAGUGGUAACAAUCAGUGGUGAGCCUGAACAGAACCGCAAGGCAGUGGAGAUCAUCGUACAAAAAAUCCAGGAGGACCCUCAGAGCAGCAGCUGCCUCAACAUCAGUUACUCCAAUGUCUCCGGCCCAGUCGCCAACUCCAACCCCACCGGAUCCCCGUACGCUAACACCGCCGAGGUGCUGCCUAAUGCAGCUGCAGCAGCUGCAACUGCCUCCAGCCUUCUGGGUCAGGCCGGCUUGACGGGAAUGGGUGCCUUCCCUGCUGCCAUGUCGAGCUUCUCUGGCAAUGACCUGCUGGCCAUCACAUCGGCCCUCAACACACUAGCCAGCUAUGGCUACAACACUAACACCUUGGGCCUGGGCCUUAACCCCGCAGCUGCCUCUGGUGUCCUAGCUGCAGUAGCAGCUAGUGCCAACCCGGCUGCAGCUGCUGCAGCUAACCUCUUAGCCUCCUAUGCUAGCGAUGCCUCCGGCAGCGCUGGCCACCCUGUGACCGGCCUUGGCGGGUUCUCCCUAGGUUCUCUUGCAGCUGCUACAGGGGCUUCCAAUGGGUACCUGAACGCCUCAUCCCCACUGAUGGCCUCCUCCUUAUUAGCAACGGAGAAGCUGGCAGACGGAGCCAAGGACGUGGUGGAAAUUGCUGUACCUGAAAAUCUAGUUGGGGCCAUUUUGGGGAAAGGAGGGAAAACACUGGUUGAAUACCAGGAGCUAACAGGAGCCCGCAUCCAGAUCUCCAAAAAGGGAGAGUUCAUUCCUGGUACUCGGAACCGUAAAGUUACCAUAACAGGGUCGCCAGCCGCUACGCAAGCAGCGCAGUAUCUGAUCAGCCAGCGGAUCACCUACGAGCAGGGCGUGCGAGCUACCAACCCGCAAAAAGUGGGUUAAAAAGAAAAAAAGGAGGAAGAAAGGAAAGGAUGAGGACAGAGCUAGAGGAGAAUUCUAAAGGGUCAAAAGAGGAAAAAAAAAGAAAUGUCCAAAUAUUUAAUAUUUCAGAAUCAAAUGAGAGGAUUUCAAAGGAGGAGGAGGGGGAGACACCGAAGACAAAGUGUGUGUGAUAUUUGAAUGUUUUGGGACUGAUGUCCUGAUCUUUUUUAAAAGUUUGUGUCCAGUCCUUUUUGAUGAUGGUUAUCAGAGUAAGCUGAACUUGUCCACUGCCAAGGUGCAGAUUCAAGGGUGAGACCACAUGGUUUCACUUUCCUCUAAAACCUCAUUAAUGAGUUUCUUUACUUAGGUUUUGUUUUGUUUUUGUUUUGUUUUUUUGUUUUUUCUAUAUAUUCUUGUUUGGUUUAAUCGUUUUGAUGUAACUUGCAGACCUCAGCUCCCGGUGAGUUGAAUGUCCAGUGAGGUCCCAGCAAACCAACUGGGCUGUUUCACAGGCCUUUGUACGCAAUGUGCAAGGCGUUGGCGAUGGGGUGGGGCAGCGGGGCUCAAAGCCAGCAUGUGAGAUAACCUCACUUUAUGAGAAGCAAAUAAUUUCCUUAAAGAUAUCACACAUUUGUAGAUUUUUUUGGGGGGUGGGGAAUCUUGAAAAAUGAAGUUUAAAAAUGUGGGUAUUUUAUAUUUUUAACCAUUAUUUAUUGAUAUGAUCUGAUUCAAUGACAGAUGAUUUGAACCUGUAAAUGCAGGUUAAUCUGAAUGUAAAAAAAAUUGCCUAUUGGUAUUUUUUAUUUACAGGGAUCAAGUGUUGUCUCGCAGUGAAAGAAAUGUACAAGUUAAGCCCAGUCUGAGUUUAACAGUUGCCGUCUGCAAGGUUCGUUCUGGGGUUCAAUAAUCUACAUGAGAUAAUAGAGGAGACACACAGGAAUGUAUAAAUAUAUUUCACAUGAACACACUUAGCUAAUGCGCCUAUAAAUGCACAAACAUAUUUAAUCAUUGAGACAAACACUCCAAAAACAAACAAACCUUUCUUGGUGCUACAGGAUUGGCUAUAAAUCAUCACUAUUAGAAAACCAGAUUCUCCCACUCACUCCUGGUUUAAAUAGGCUGAUUUGUCAUCAAGGGUUAGGAAUAAGGGUGUGCGAUACUGCUAUUGUUGCUAUCAACCUGAUAACAAGUAAAUACAGGGGAAGUACAGUGGUAUCUUGGUUUUCCGUUCCAAAAGGUCUGAGGGCCAAAUUGCAUCCAUCCAACCAAAAUACUAACAGUUUUUGUAAAAAAAAAUAUUUCAGUUUUACAUGCAAAUAAAUAUAAAUGAUGAAUGAAAUAGAUAAAUGAAUGAGUGAUGAGUGGAAAGGUAGGAUGUUAGGGGAGCGAGACUACUUUGCUGUGAGUUCUUCCUUGAAUUCAUUACUUAGUCAUCAACACGUUGGAUUCUUUGUUUAGACCAACAGACCAGUUUGUUUGUCAUGAUAUUUAGCUGUGCAUUAACUGAGACAAUAUGCAAAAACCGUGGCCACAUUUUUAUUUGAUCAUACGAAAAUUGGGGCAUAUGAAAACCGAGGUACCACUGUAUAACAAUAUAACAACGUAACAUUACGACUAACCCAAUAAAAAAAACAUUGAGCUAUCAGUGAAAAUAAACAUAGAGAACUGAAAAAUAUCUGUUUCAUCACUACCCUUGGUAUUAAUGCUAUAUAUAUUUGGAUCGAUCCGCCCACCCCAAAAUAGUAGGCUGGAUCAUAGGUAUAACUAGAUACAUUGUGCCUACAUGGCAGCCAUCUUAGCCUGGGCUACUUUCCUGACUUGCUUAUUUCGACUUUACGGCGUAUUUUGGAACCGAAUGCAGCAUAAUGUCCAGGCAUUUUUGUUGUCUUUCAUUUCCAUGCCGUCUACAGCAAUGUAAUGCCUUUGCACUUUGCCCCUACUAGCUUAAGCUGGCCACAGGCACGCAAUUCAAAGGGGCGUAACGGACGAAUCUAGUUUUAUCUAUGACCUGGAAGACGUGACAGCCUCUCUUGCAUGAUAAAAUAGGGUCGGUUAUUAAUUUCAAUACAGUUUUAAAGUCUCAAGCCAGCCCUUACUCCCUAAAAUUUACUAACAAAGGUUUGCCUUAUUGUCAUAUGCGCAUAUCCCUAUUUUGCCAUAAAUUUAGAUGUACUUUUGAGCCGAAAAUUGUCCAUUUCACAAAGAAAAGCUGUACUCACCAGUAUCUGUGAAAAAACAAAACAUGCCUUCACAUAAGGGUACCAAAUAUUCAAGAGACAUUCUCUAAAGAAAGGGAAUGACACUUGAAAAGAAGUCUUGGUCACAAUUCCUCUGUGAGCCAUCCUUCUGCAUUUGCAUCGAGACAAAAAAGAUGUGUUCAAUUCAUCCGGGCAGCCUUUUAUCCGACCCAAAACAUGCGACUCAUCAUUAACUUUGGGAGGAGCAUACAGAAACCAUCAGAAAAAAUAUCUUGGAAUCACUGUCUUUCAUGGACAAUAGUUGUUCUCGUGGAGGGAGGCAAACUAUUUAGAGCAUUUCCAAGCACUUCAAGAGUACCUUGGCCUCCCUGUGUGCUGCUAUCCAUCGCGUUCAUUUCGAAGACUGCACUGUGAGACAUUAAGAACACGAUGCGAGGUUCGUCUAUUACUUAGUGGGGUGAGAGAAUAUUUUCUUCCAUGUCACAUAGAUAGACCAAGACCCGAUCCCCAUAAGCGCAUCUUUCAGUUUCUGGCAUCAGCACUGACACACUCAAUUUUUAAAGGAUGCACUCCAACGAAUGUUUAGUGUGUCGUCUAUUAGAUCAUGGUCAAUACAUCAUAAUUUCAACAGUCCCUGUCAAGCAAAAAAAGGAACUCUGUGAUCGGCUUUUUGAAAACACGGAGCUGUAGGGGUAUCAAAGAAAAUCUGAACCAUUUGUGGGUUGUUUUUGUUGUUUUUUCCUUCAAAGUCUUUUGUUUCUGCAGUUUUCAUGAUAAUUCAUGACGUUUUUCAAAGUACAUGAAUUUAUCUGUGUUAACGUUUUAGUCGCGGUGAGCCUCUCUUCCUGUAUGGCUACAAAGUCAUCCAUUACCAAUCUGGCUACUAGUGAAAUCUUUGUCUACUAGAACAUUUGCACUGCCCAAUGUUUUAGCGAAUAAGAAACAAGCACAAAAAGGGGACGUUUAUCAAUGCAAAUGGACUGCUUGAUUGCAGGGAGCUCUUCUCAAACCUCUGUCAUCGAAACAUAAUGCCAAAUCUCUCUGCACCUCAUUAACUUUCCUCUUAAUCCCGCACCUACAUAUUGCCCGUUGUUAUGAUUCUUAGGGUGCGUUCACACUUUGUGCACUGGUCCGGAGAAAAAAUGCUUAAAAAAAAGAAAAUAAAACUUGGUGUGUACUUUAUUGCGGGUCAGUUCACACCAAACAAUGUUCAGUGAAGCAUAUGCAUUGUCGCGUGUCGACUGUACCAUUUUUGUGACGUGUCUGUUGACACACCCAAAACAAUAUGUUGUCUUCCUGGUUAUACUGUAUAUGGUUUGUAGGGCUUGUGUUUCUGUGGUAAAAUCUUUACCAAUAUAGAUUACACUGGACCCCGUAUAUGUCCGUCUAACACCUAAAUUAUACAUGCAGUCUCUACACUGCAUGUAUACACUUCAAUGCGUUCUAAUCUUUCCGUAGUUCUUCUUCUGGAUUGACAGUGUGACAUGCAGUUAUCUGGUGGAACACUCGGGAGACAAGGUUUUCCUCUUAAUGACAAACCGGAAAUCGUUGUAUAACUUGUUUACUAAACUGUUCAGUUUGUCUUAGAAUUGGCUUUCGAGUAUUUAGUCGAUUGACUAAUCAAAUCCCUGUCCCCUGCUUAAAACGAUGUCAACAUACUCAUAUAAUAGGAUCGUUUUUGUUGACGUGAAAUUCAAAACCUAAAGGGGCCUUUUUCAUGUAAAAGUUGGUAAUUCCAUUACUAUCAUUUGCGGGGGGUUUUUUGCAAAAAAACAUUUGUGGAUAUUUUUUGGUCGUUUUUCUAAACCUUUUCUUGGUUUUUACGAACCAUUUCCUGGUUUCAGUUGCAAUUAGUCCUUGUCCGGUCCAAGGUUUGGCGACAAAACACAUCGUAUUAACAAAGUUAAUCCUAACCCAACCAAGUGUGAACGCACUUUUAGGUGUCACCUGUGCUUUUACCUCCUGUGCAGUACACUGUGCUCUCUCUCCCCUUCUUUCUCCUGUCUUGUCUUCUGCCGGGUGGUGUCGGGCGUGCUGCGGGGUGGCAGUUAUGACCCUUGUCGUAUGGGUAUGAAAAUAUUUAGCAAGGCUAAAAAUGCACAGUAAAAAUAAAACCUGCCUCCAAAACUGUGACACCCGCUCUGAGACCAACCAGCAACAAUUCCCUUAAAGUGUUCCAUUUAGUCAAUAACGAGAACAAGUCUUAUUUUAAAGGGUUUGGACCACAAACUGUGGUCCUCUAAGAGAAGAGGUCUUGUUGUUUUUCAAAUGUCCGCAGAUAUUCAUAUUCCAACUGAACAAACAAAGCUCAGCCUGUAGACAACGCGAGCAUAAUUUAAAAGUACGUCGGGAACUCGUUUGUAACCUUAAGCUGAAACAAUGACAUCUUUUAUGCAUAUCCUCUUAUCUGAAAAUGACUCCAAUUCAUUUCUGUGGAAUAGGAAUAUGUCACGUCAUAUGAUCUAUAUGUACUUUAUCGUAGCUAUUCUAGUUUGUAGUCUAAAUGCAGUCCGGCGUUGUCGAUACAAUGUGAACUAUGUUAUACUUGUGUGGAUGAUGAGAGUGCCAACUAAGCCUGAUUAAGAUUAGCUUUGCAAUUUGUUUGUGCAUUCUGAUGACUCAUCAAACGGUGGCGUCCACGUUUCUGUCACUGAUGAUUUAGUUUGACCGUAAGAAAACGUAAAGAAUAUUGGAAGCAAUAUAGUAGCAUGUUGUCCUGUUUUGUGUUUUAUGUCUGUUGUACGAACUUUUGAAGUUACUUCAAUUUUGAAUGAAUAGGUUUACAUGUACUUUUUUGUAAGUUAUAAAGAUGCUGCUAUUUGAUAAGUAAACUAUACAAAGUAUUUUAGUUGAAAAGAUGUCUGGUCGGUUGGUUAGAAACACGGGCAUACAAAGAGGUGUAUAGAAUACUACAGUAUUGGUAAGGUAGUACAAGUAAUACUAGACUCCAUAGUACACCCUGUGCCAAACUAGACCUCUGCAGCUUCUGAAAUUGUAGAUGUGCGAUCAAUUCUUAGAUAUCAAUAACUUGUUUAGAAGUGCUGAUCAAGUGCCAACCAAACACUGUCUUUUAAGUUAAAAAAAAAAAAAAAGAUAAUCAUGAAGAAAACAAAGGAGAAAAAACUGUCUGUGCAUUGUUUUAUCCCAUAGGUACAUAGAAUAUAAGUAAAAGAUUGUGAUUUUUAUGUUGUUUUACAUGCCAUGCAUCCCUUGUGUGUUUGACCUGUGGCUUAAGUACUGCUGUUUUCUCACAAAUGUCUCUAUAGGCCAGCAUGGACUAAGCAUAACAUGUUAUACGCAUUCAUAACAUAGUCAUUAACAAUCAAAAAUGUGUUUGUGGAGUUAGGUGUUAUCUUUUUGCACGUCUUCUAAUGCAUGGUAUCAAAAAGAAAACCUUUGGAGGAGAGGGGGAAAAUAAAAAAAGAACAAAAAUUUUGCGAGGCGACUCCAGACAUUCAAAGACAUAACACUGCAUGCGGUCAAAUGUAAAGCGCUUACGUUUACUCGACUCAUGUUUAUCCAGUUGUGUUUUAAUGUUGUUAGUUGGAAGGGAGUUUUUUAUUGUCAUGUUGGCCCAAAAACGGCACUAACACAGCACUCAUCUCAGAAAAGACGUUUUGGUUUAUGGGCCUCAGGGGUGUCACGGUACGCCGUAGUCACGGUUUGGUAUGUACCUUGACUUUUAAGGUUGUUCUGGGAACAAAAUGCAAAACUGCUUAGCUUUUGUGGAGACGGCUUGAAUUAUUAUCAUUUUUUUAGUAAAACUGCAAACUGCUGGCAGGUAAUUCUCUAAUAAAAACAUUUUCAAAUAUAUAGCAUACAGAAAGAUUAAAGAAGGGGGGGGACACUUUGAUUAGAGAUCAUUAAACCAAUCCAAAGUAUGUCAAUGGAUGCUAAGCUAUCUGAACAAAACAACAUCAUCUUAACUGUGUGUUAUAAGUCACAAAGCAAGCCACUGGCAUAUAUAUUAGUUUAUCUCGUUAAUAUUUUUUACAAGAUGCCAAAAGCCACAACAGUAAAAGUUUAAACACUGUGAAUUACCGUUUUAUUUUUCGUUAGGUCCCCUUUACCCUGUUCCUGACCUGGCACAUUGCUUUUUUUGUCGUAUCCACUUGCCGUUUACGUUUUUUUUUACUUGGAAGGCCAUCUGGUUUUCAAGCUCUGGCUUCUUCUUGGCAAGGGCCGGACCACCAGUGUAUUUGUUUACCAAGUAGACGCGAUUAACACUUCCUGUCCCUCACUUUAUGUGUGCCGUGUGGGGAAAUCGGUGCGCCUUCGUACCGAACUGAUUACCAGUACCGUUACACCCCUAAUAGGUACAGCAAGAACUUUGAACAAAAAAAAAAUAAGUGAAAUGAGCAAACGUGAAGAUGUAAUUCAAUUAAAUUGUCUUCUUGUUUUGUCUUGUUUUUGUUUUGUUUGGGUUUUAUUAAGGAUAUCAGACAUACAAGGAUACUAGACAUUUAUUCAACAACCAGGUUGAACCUCAUGUAGCCUGUCCCAAGAUGUGAUUCAUUUUAUUUUAUGUCACAGCUUGAAAGCCUAGAUCUAAUCUAUGAAUGUACACAUUACUGUUUGAAUCCGUCUUUAAUGUCAAAUCAGGGCAGGAAUGUCACAAACAUGUAGAGUUAAUAUCUAUGUCAAUAACAGAUUUCAGCUAUAGUCAGGUAGGCCUCUCACGGCCAUUAUCAUGAACCAGACAUGUUUUACCCAAUUUCCAAUUCUUGUUUGUUUGGUGUUGCAUAACUGCACUUUACUGAUAAUGGGGUCAUAGUAGGUGUGAGAUGAAGCAAACCAUGUUUUGAAGUUUUCUUAUGUUCGGAUGUCAUUCUUUUUGUUGUUGUUGUAUUUAUUUAUUUUCCCUAAUCCUGUUGGGUGUAUUACGGAAAGGGCUGGAGUCUCAGACAAAAUGGAGAAGUAGCGCCUGCUUCUUCUCUCAAAUUGUGUUCUCCUUCACAUUCCCUUCAGCAGAAGUUUGUGUCUAUCACAGAGUGCUUUGUUUUUAACAAGGAAUACUUUGCUUUUCUAUCUAUAACUGUUUAUGUGUUUUGCAAAUCGGAAAAUGUGCAUCAUUACCGUAGAUAUUUUCUCUGUGGGGGGCUGUCGCCACCGAGGGAUGCAUUCUGAUCCAACAGUCUGGUCUGAGAGGCUUCAUCGGCACCAGCAAAAAAAGCACGAUUCUCCCUGAAAAUAGCAGAGGAAAAUGAGAUGUCGUGAAUAAUACUUAUGUCUCUUAAGCUACCAGCCCCCCACCGCCCUGCCUCCUCAUUGCAUUUACUUAUCCAUGAUACAAACGCCAAGUGGAUUACUGUUAGCAUUCCAAAAGAAGAUUCUGUCCACACAUGUUUCGGACAUUCAUUGGCCGCCUCAUGAAGGCUCGGACUGGCAAACGCGACACUCUUAAAACCUCCUAUGGAAUCACAGCCUACGUGACACCGCCGUUCAGUCUUUUAGUCCGGUGAAAACCGUGUUCACCCUUUAAAAAAUAUCCAAGUAUUUCAGAGAGCAUCCAUCCGAGGAAAGAUGAUACCUUUUUGUGUAUUUUUGUUGUCUUUGACCCUCCUAACCUCACAUGAACCUGUUGACUUCUACACCCUCAAGAACUCAUGUAUACGUUGGAUUUGCUACACCACUUUUUUUUUUUUUUUUACUUUGUCAAAAUGCAAGGAAUGUCGUUUGUUUUCUACAGAAGGGUCGAGUGCCUUGCAAGAUGUUUUUAACAUUGUACAGCGGAACCCGUUUUUGUCGACAGCUGGCUUAUGUCAACCGACUUGUAUUGCUAAAAGGUGCCCAACAUACAUACAUUUUGUCAACAAUAAAUUGGACAAGCGUUGUAAUAUUGUUAAUGUCCUCAUUAUUGCGGCAAAAAAAACUGUGACAUAGCCAUUUUCAAUUUACACCUCAUGAAAAUGUGCACACAGUGACUUCCUGUUCAAUACUAAGCAGGCUCAAAAAGCAUGGGAGGAUUAACCAACAAAAUUCACCCAUUGUUUUUUUGAGGUUUUUUAGUCAUUGUGGUCAGGAAAGUAAAAUAUUGCGGCUGUGAAUCUUAAAACAACUCAAAACUCGAUUUGAUUCUCAAGUUUAAAAAGAUGCUAGUAACAUACUACAUGGUGUAUAUUAUAUAAAACCUUUUUAAAACAGGUUACAGUUUACAAAAGCUCCUAUUGGCUGCUGAAGAAUACGCACAGCGAGUAAGCAGGGAGAUGGCCUAAAAAAAAUCAAAUCGUAAUUAGUAACGUUUGAAUUAAAAUUGUGAAAAAAAUUUAAUUGAUAGCCGCACUUGGACAAACUCACGGACAGACUCGUGCUAGCUAGCUUAAAUGCUAACAUUAAUACAAGCUACAUUAAUAUAUUUCCACACUAAAGGGUCAUAUUAUGAUUUUUUUUUUCCUACAUAUAAAACACUUCCUUUUAACAUGUAAUGGUGGUUCUUUGGUCAACGUUUUGCAAAGAUUAUGUUUUACAGACCUUAGUAAUCAAGCCGCUUUCUGACCGUCUCCUUAGAAUGCACCGUUUUGUGGGCGGUUUUAUUUGCGUUCCUCCACUUCGACUGCGUCUUCUCCCUUUCAACCAUGUUGUAGUUUUUAGCACUUCCAUAUUGAGUCUACUGACAGAUAUAAGUUCAAACUACUUCAUAUUAUAAAUGGCAACAUCAGGGGAUGCAUGUGCACGUACGAGCCAGUCUGCUCCGCAGCAAGAGGAUAGAGAAAAAGAAGGCGCUUAUUGACUUCAACAUCACCACAAUAGCUGACUCGCGUAAAGCUCUGGGGGUAAAUCUCUACUGUAUAUGGAGUUAUCCGCUGAGGUUUACCAAUUCGAAAAACAUUACAAAUUGAGCAAAUUCCAAACGGCUCGUUUGGAGUAAGUAUAAAGAAAGGCAAGAUUGUUUUAUAAAUGUCUUGGCCAUGGUUUGAUUUCAAAUUUGCAGGACUUGUGCAAAUCCCAAAUACACAAAAACUGGUACUAAUAGGUAAGAAAAGUUAGUUAUGCAUAAUAGGUCCACUUUAAGAAACGACAUUCCAUAAGCUUAACUUAUAUAAACACAUUACUGUCUAAGCAACUAAGUUAUUCAAUUAUGUGUGUGAUCGAUUUAUACUCAGAGGACAACAAAACUUGGUUGAAAUAUUUCAGUAUGUAUAUAAGUACACUGUUAGCGAAUUCAACAGUACCGUAAUAAUAAUGAUACCCGUGAUCAUUUUGGUCACAAUAACCAUGAUAUAAAAUUUUCAUAUCGUUCCAUUCCUAAUCGUAGUAAAUAGGAAUUGCAGAUGUGAAUCAAUAUUUACAACUUUGAUUGAUUGAGUCAUUUAAACUUUUUUUAGUAGAUAGCACAGUUCAGUACAUUUUCUGUACAAUUGACCACUAAAUGGUAACACCCAAAUAAGUUUUUCUACUUGUUUAAGUUAAUC